AUGAGAGCUGUGAACCAGCUGGAGGAGACGCUCAGUAAACAGAUGAAGAAGCUGUUUGACGUCAAGCUGAAGGGGAUCCAGCAGUCUGCAGUGGAUCUGACACUUGAUCCUGAUUCAGCACAUCCCAAACUCAUCCUGUCUGAUGAUGGAAAACAAGUUACACAUGGUGAUGUAAAGAAGAAUCUUCCAGACAAUCCACAGAGAUUUGAUUAUUGUGUUAUUGUCUUAGCAAAGCAGAGUUUCUCUUCAGGAAGAUUUUACUACGAGGUUCAGGUUGAAGGAAAGACUAAGUGGACUUUAGGAGUGAUGAGAGAGUCCAUCAACAGGAAGGGAUUAAUCACAGCGUCUCCUCAGAAAGGUGUCUGGGUGAUAUGCUUGAGGAAUGAGAAUGAGUACUCAGCUCUUGCUGGCCCUUCAGUCCGUCUCUCUCUGAAGUCUCAGCCUCAGAAGGUGGGGGUGUUGGUGGAUUAUGAGGAGGGUCUGGUCUCCUUUUAUGACGUUGAUGCUGCAGCUCUUAUCUACUCCUUUACUGGCUGCUGCUUCACUGAGAAACUCUUCCCACUCUUUGGUCCAAGUCUUAAUGAUGGUGGUAAAAACUCUGCUCCUCUGAUCAUCUCUCCUGUCAAUCACACUGAGUAGAA